AUGUCGCCAACGAUGAUAACCAUCAUACACUGUUUGGCUAUCGGUAUCCUGAUAUUUUGGUGCGGAAUAUGGAUCAUUCAUCUGACGGCCAUCAUUUACGGGAAGGUAAAACUCCACAAGAAAGCUUCCCAGCAUCCACGAGAGACGCCAUAUCCGUCGGUUUCGAUUCUGAAACCACUAAUGGGAGUCGAUCCCAAUUUGCAGAGUAAUUUGGAAACGUUUUUCCUCAUGGAUUAUCCGGUGUAUGAGCUGCUGUUCUGCGUCGAAUCCCAGGACGAUCCUGCGAUCGAGGUAGUAAAUCGGUUACGUGAUAAGUAUCCCAGCAUUGAGGCGGAGCUGCUCGUGGGUGGCUCAAACGUGGGAGUGAAUCCAAAGAUAAAUAAUCUCUACCCGGGAUAUGUGCAGGCUCGGUACGAGCUAAUAAUGAUUUCCGACGCGGGCAUUCGCAUGAAGAGCGACACACUCACCGACAUGGUAAACCAUAUGACGGAGAAGGUGGGCCUGGUGCAUCAAAUGCCAUUCGUGUGCGACCGGGAAGGUUUUGCUGCCGCCUUUGAGAAGAUCUACUUCGGCACGGUGCAGUCGAGGAUUUACCUGUGCGCCGAUCUGCUCGGUAUUAACUGUCACACGGGUAUGUCGUGCUUAAUGCGGAAGGAUGUGCUAGACCAGCUGGGCGGUGUGCAAGCGUUCGGAUGCUACCUGGCAGAAGAUUUCUUUCUUGCCAAAGCGUUUCACGACCAUAACUGGAAGCUAACGAUCAGCAGCCAACCAGCGUGGCAGAACUCGGGAAUAUGUGAUAUUAGCAGCUUUCAGGCACGGCUCACUCGAUGGGCCAAACUAAGGGUGGCCAUGGUACCGACGACCAUUUUGCUGGAACCGAUGUCCGAGUGCAUCAUCGUAGGUUUGUUCGCGUGCGGUGCCGUCAAAGUACUCUUCCGAUGGAAUCCACUCGUAUUUUUCCUCAUUCAUACGCUCGUGUGGUUCCUGUCCGAUUGGGUUCUGCUGUCGAUAAUCCAGAAUGGGGCGUUACCCUUCAACAAGUUCACCUUCUUCGUUGGGUGGGCUUUUCGUGAGGUCAGUGGCCCUUACCUGUUCUUCAACGCCUUGUGGAAUCCGGCGAUUAGAUGGCGAACUCGCGUGUAUAAGCUCGCCUGGGGCGGUGUUGCGUACGAACUUACAUCUCAAAUUAAAUCGUAA